AUGCAAUAUCAUGAGAUCAACAAGGCAGAUUCAGUUGACUGCAGCCCUAUUGCAGCUACCGUCCGUAUUCAAGAGGGCAAUGUUGUGUCCAGCCUUGUAGGUACAAGCCACCCUAUCAAAGCGCAGUGGAAUACGCAUGCUGUAGUCAUCGGGCCUCAGUAUGCCAAGGUUAGUUUAUAA